AUGAACACCAUGAUCAACACACCGAAUCUUCAGUUCGGCCUAACGGAUGUUUCAACGGCUCUUUCGAAUUUGAUUCUAACAGGUGGAGGAAAUACAUUGGAUUCGAUCUUGUCUCACUAUGAGAAUUUAUCCUCUGUUACCGAUAGCAGAGAUUUUCAGCCGGCGGCGGGGUCGUCGGUGUAUCUCCAGCAGCGGGAAGUACUACAGAAAUUUUCUCAGGACAGGAAAUCAAAUGGGUCUCGGGAUUUGUUUUCAAGGGCGUACGAGUUGUUGUAUUCGAGAAGUGGCGCCGCUGUGAACGGUGGCGAGAGGAAGAUUUACAGAGGAGUACGACAGAGACAUUGGGGGAAAUGGGUGGCGGAGAUCCGGCUGCCGCAGAAUCGGAUGAGGGUGUGGUUAGGAACGUACGAUUCGCCGGAGACAGCCGCCUAUGCAUACGACUGUGCCGCCUGUAAGCUCCGGGGGGAAUAUGCGCGGUUGAAUUUCCCGAAUCUUAAGGACCUGAAGACCGAUUUGAGCUCCGGUGAGUUUGCGAGGUUGAGUGAGUUGAAGAAAAUGGUGGAUGCGAAGAUUCAAGCGAUUUUUCAGAAGAUUCGGAAGGGGAAAGGGAAGAGGAGUGUAAAGAAGAAGGAUUCUCAGGGAACCGGCGGCGAUUUGGAUUCGAUUUCAGGUUCAUGUUCUUCAUCGUCGUCCUCGGUGUCUCUGCCACCAGCAACAGCAGAGUUGACAGAAGAGUGGAGUUGGGGAAAUGUGCAGCCGCUGGCCACGGCGGAAGAGGGGUUGUGGAACUUUGAAAACUCUCAUAGAGCCGUCUCUAUGGAUUGUGCGACGACGGGGCCGGAAACAGAGUGUUACUCGUUGUCGAAGAUGCCUUCUUUUGAUGCGGACCUAAUCUGGCAAGUUCUUGCAAAUUAG